AUGUCAGCCUCUGCAGGCGACGUCAAGGGCCAAGCUGCCAAAGGCGCAGACGAGAAGAACCGCGGUCCUCCAGAAACGACUCACGCCGAGAAGGGCCAACGCGACCCGGAGCAGGGUGAUCCUGACGCCGAAGACCAGCGCAACAACUCGACCGACGACCUAAACGAAGAUGACGUCUAUAACGAGAGCGAUGAGUACACGCGGCUACUGAAAUACAUUGAUCUGGAGGCGAAGAAGUCACGCCGCGGCGGUGACGAAGGUGGUGACGAAGAAGAGGAGGGCGAGCUCAAGCGCGUGUGGUACAUGCCCUGGAAGAAGCGACGCGUCUCAUCCCAGGAGAAUCAAAAGGUUCCCCAGCACUGGCUAGAGACCGACAUGCUCAAGGGCCUGUCGGAAGAGGAAAUCACCAAGCGGCGCGGGAAGUUCGGCUACAAUGAACUAGAGAGUCCUCGUACGAACCCGAUUGUUCAAUUCCUGGGAUACUUCCGCGGCCCCGUCCUCUACGUUAUGGAACUUGCUGUCAUUCUUGCUGCCGGCCUUCGCGACUGGAUAGACUUUGGCGUCAUUAUCGGGAUCCUCAUGUUGAACGCUUUCGUCGGUUGGUAUCAAGAGAAACAGGCAGGCGACAUCGUCGAGCAACUCAAGGCCGGUAUUGCCAUGAAGGCUACCGUCGUUCGCAACGGUCAAGAGCAAGAUGUAGAGGCUCGCGAGAUUGUACCCGGCGACAUCAUCAUUGUCGAAGAAGGACAAACCGUUCCCGGUGAUGGCAGGAUCCUGGCUAGUUACGACGACAAGGACCGUACCAAGGCUAAGGAAAUCAUCAACAAACGCCAGAAUGCCCCGGAGAAGUCCGAGAAGGGCAAUAGUAACGCAAACGGCGACGCCGCAUCCUCAUCCUCGGACACGAAAGAGGGCGUAGAUAAGCCUCAAGAUGGCCAGGAUGAAGACCACGAGGACGAGGGUCAGAACAAGGGCCCCUCAAUCCUUUCGCUGGAUCAAAGCGCCAUCACCGGAGAGAGUUUGGCUGUCGACAAGUACAUUGCUGACACGGUUUACUAUACUUGCGGUGUCAAACGUGGCAAGGCGUAUGUGGUAGUUACUGACAUCGCCAAGCAAUCUUUCGUCGGUCGUACCGCUAGCCUGGUAAACGCUGGAUCCGGUCAAGGUCAUUUCCAGAAGGUCAUGACCAGCAUCGGGACUACUUUACUCGUUCUUGUCAUCUUCUGGCUCUUCGCCGUCUGGAUCGGCGGCUUCUUUCGUGGCACCGAUAUCGCGACGCCCAGCGACAACAACUUGCUCGUAUACUCGCUUAUCUUCCUCAUCAUCGGUGUCCCCGUCGGUCUUCCUUGCGUCACGACGACUACCAUGGCCGUUGGUGCAGCGUUCCUCGCUCGUCGCAAGGCCAUCGUUCAGAAGCUCACGGCCAUCGAGUCGCUCGCCGGCGUCGACAUUCUUUGCACAGACAAGACCGGAACUCUCACGGCUAACCAGCUCUCAGUCCACGAGCCGUGGGCUGUUGAGGGUGUCGAUCUCAACUGGAUGCUUACCGUGGCGGUUCUCGCCUCAAGUCACAACGUGAAGGCGCUUGAUCCUAUUGACAAGGUUACAGUCACGACGCUCAAGGACUACCCGAAAGCGCGCGAGAUGCUCCAGCACGGAUGGGUCACGAAGAAAUUCAAGCCGUUCGAUCCCGUCAGCAAGCGUAUUGAGGCUGAGGUUGAGCGCGACAAGACCCGCUACACCUGUGCUAAGGGCGCUCCGAACGCUAUUCUUCGUCUCACGCAACCGCCUCGCGAAACUCAGGAGCUGUACCAACAGAAGACGACGGAGUACGCUAAGCGUGGCUUCCGUACGCUCGCUGUUGCGGUGCAGGAAAACGGCGGACAGUGGCAGCUGCUUGGCUUGUUACCGAUGUUCGACCCUCCGCGAAGUGAUACUGCUCAGACCAUCGCCGAAGCGCGCAACCUUGGUGUUCGCGUGAAGAUGCUUACCGGUGACGCUGUAGCUAUCGCGAAGGAGACAUGCCGCCAACUUGCACUCGGCACGAACGUGUACGACUCCGACAAGCUCAUCACCGGUGGCGCCAUGUCCGGUUCCGACAUUCAUGACUUUGUCGAGUCCGCCGACGGCUUCGCUGAAGUUGCGCCCGAGCACAAGUACCAGGUUGUCGAGCUUCUCCAGAACCGUGGUCACCUUACAGCCAUGACUGGCGACGGUGUCAACGAUGCUCCAUCGCUAAAGCGCGCCGACUGCGGUAUUGCCGUCGAGGGCGCUUCCGACGCCGCCCGUAGCGCCGCCGAUGUCGUCUUCCUUGAUGAGGGCCUGUCCACCAUCAUUACUGCCAUCAAGGUCGCACGCCAGAUCUUCCACCGCAUGAAGGCAUACAUCGUCUACCGUAUUGCGCUCUGCCUGCAUCUUGAGAUCUACCUCACCCUCUCCAUGAUCAUCUUGAACGAGACCAUCCGCGCCGACCUCAUCGUCUUCAUCGCGCUGUUCGCCGACUUGGGCACCAUCGCUAUCGCCUACGACAAUGCGCCUUACGCAGACGAGCCCGUCGAGUGGCAGUUGCCGAAGAUCUGGAUCAUCUCGACCGUCAUGGGUGCACUGCUCGCCGCUGCAACCUGGAUUCUCCGUGGCACACUGUUCCUUUCUCACGACGGCAAUCACGGCGGUAUCAUCCAGAACUGGGGUUCGGUCCAGGAGAUCCUCUUCCUCGAGGUCUCGCUGACAGAGAACUGGCUCAUCUUCGUCACUCGUGGCGGCGGUACAUGGCCCAGUUGGCAACUCGUCGGCGCUAUCCUCGCCAUCGACAUUGUCGCCUCGAUCUUCGCACUCUUCGGCUGGAUCUCCGGCGACCAGCCUCACAACGGCCACACCGACAUCGUCACUAUCGUCCGUGUCUGGGCGUACAGCUUCGCGGUCACCGUCGUGCUCGCGCUCGUAUACUUUGUCCUGAACAAGAUUACUUGGUUCGACAGGCUUGGCCGUGCCAGGCGCGGUGUGAAGCAGUCUAAGCAGGAGGACUUCCUCAUGAACUUGCGUCGUUUGACGCUUGUCCAUGAGCGUUCAGGUGGCGAGGAUCUAUUCCACUUUGCGCCUGAGAAGGAGGUCAAACAAGGAGACAUGGAAGAGGAGGGUGACUCUACGCCUCCACCUCAAGACUCCAAGAACGGCGCUAAGAACGGCAAUAAUGAGAAGAAAUCAUAA